CAAUCUAUGUUUACCUUUUAGUAACAAAAGAACCUUUUAGCGGGCGGGAAAAACCACGGGUGGUGAUCACGAUGAUAAUUCGUGAGUAGACUAGCGCGGGUCGUGGUCGUGGACGUUCUGCCACUAUGUUCUCUCGUGAAGUCGUGCUCCGGGCGUUACUCCACGGAAGCUGGCGCUGCUACCCAGUUCCGGUUAGGCCGUUUUGUAAGCCCGCUCCUGCUCCACCGAAGCCUCCAACGGUAAAGCGUAUAUGGAAUCAGCUGUUCGGUCGAUAUCUGCUGGUGACAAACACGGUCAGCUCGGGUGUGCUAAUGCUCAUCGGAGAUGUGGCGGCACAGGAAAUUGAACGACGUCGUGAUCACCUACCAUCCACGGACAGCUAUGACCGGCGACGACUGUUUAAUAUGACCUUGGUGGGACUUUCACAAGGACCCUUGCACCACUAUCUGUACAAAUGGGUUGACGCUUUCCUGCCCGGCGCAUCGAUUCGAACAGUAUUCAAGAAGAUUGGUAUCGAUCAGUUCAUCAUCUCUCCCAUCUUUAUCAUAACAUACAUGUACAGUGCCGGCCUGCUAGAGGGGGCCUCCGUCCAAAGCUGUACUACGGAGGUGCGUCAGAAGUACUGGACCAUCUAUGCUGCCGAUUGGCUGGUGUGGCCGCCAACGCAGUUCAUCAAUUUCUACCUGCUCGGUCCCAAGUACCGUGUGCUGUACAUUAACGCCAUUACGAUGCUGUAUAAUGUCUUUCUGUGCUACAUCAAGCAUAACGACGAUUUGCUUUCCUUUCUAAACCAACCGACGCCAGAGGACUCAAAACCGCCCCACGACGCAUCAUAG